UCAUAUCUAUUUGUAUUAAGUUGGUAUAUUUUGAAUAGUUCACUUCGGCUGUUUGAAGUACUUCUUGGGGGAUUGUUUUUGUGUGGAGGGAAUCUAUGUGAAACCCGUUUACCCAUAUUUUACAUCUUUAAAGUGAUUAAUUCUAUAUACCUGAAUAAAACGAAAAUAAAAUGGCCCAAUGUUUGCGAAGUUUAAAUAAUAGGGUGCGUAAAAUCGGCCAAUAUGCUCCCAGUAUUCAUUCCAGAAAAUUUCACUCAUCAAUUUAUGUAGCUUCAAAAGUGGCUUUGUCAAAAUUUGAUUCUGAUGUUUUUCUCCCAUAUGAGAAGCUCACCAAUACCUUAAACGUUGUGUCCGAUCGCCUUAACCGCCCCCUAACACUUUCUGAAAAAAUUUUGUACUCCCAUUUGGACGACCCGAAAAAUCAGGAUAUUGAGAGGGGAACUUCGUACUUACGUCUUAGACCAGAUCGGGUAGCUAUGCAAGAUGCUACUGCUCAAAUGGCGCUGUUACAAUUCAUAUCAUCUGGUCUAAAAAGGGUGGCGGUACCAUCGACUGUACAUUGUGACCAUUUAAUUGAAGCUCAGACUGGUGGAAAAGAGGACUUAGCUAGAGCAAAGGAUCUUAACAAGGAAGUAUACAAAUUUUUAGCGUCAGCAUGUGCUAAAUACGGUCUUGGUUUUUGGAAACCUGGAAGUGGAAUUAUACAUCAAAUUAUUUUGGAGAAUUAUGCUUUUCCUGGACUUUUAAUGAUUGGGACUGACUCGCACACUCCAAAUGGAGGUGGUCUUGGAGGACUUUGUAUUGGCGUAGGAGGCGCAGAUGCUGUUGAUGUGAUGGCUGAUAUUCCUUGGGAAUUAAAGUGUCCAAAGGUAAUCGGAGUUAAUUUAACAGGGAAAAUCAGUGGAUGGACCUCUCCCAAGGAUAUUAUAUUAAAGGUAGCAGAUAUUCUUACUGUGAAAGGUGGCACUGGUGCUAUAAUAGAAUAUCAUGGUAAUGGCGUUGAUUCAAUAUCUUGUACUGGUAUGGCAACAAUUUGUAAUAUGGGGGCAGAGAUUGGAGCCACCACAUCAGUAUUCCCUUUUAACGAUCGUAUGGCGAAGUAUCUGAAGUCCACUGGCAGAAGUAGUAUCGCAGACGAAGCAAAUAAAUAUAAAACAAAACUUUUUGCACCUGAUGGCAAUUGCGAAUAUGAUGAAUUAAUUCAGAUUAAUCUAGAUAAAUUGGAACCCCAUGUUAAUGGUCCAUUUACCCCUGACUUGGCUCAUCCAAUAAGUAAACUGGGUGUAAAUGCUAAGCAAAAUGGUUACCCAUUAGAUAUUAAAGUAGGCCUUAUUGGUUCAUGUACUAAUUCAUCAUAUGAAGAUAUGGGUCGUUGUGCAAAUAUUGCAAAAGAUGCAAUGAGUCAUGGACUGAAGUCGAAAAUACCAUUUAACGUUACUCCAGGAUCUGAGCAAAUUCGUGCAACCAUAGAGAGGGAUGGUAUCGGAGAAGUUUUUGAAAAAUUUGGUGGUACUGUUUUAGCAAAUGCGUGUGGACCUUGCAUUGGACAGUGGGAUCGUAAGGAUGUAAAGAAAGGGGAGAAAAAUACAAUUGUUACAUCAUACAACCGCAACUUCACUGGCCGAAAUGACGCUAAUCCUGCAACCCACUCAUUUGUCACCAGCCCAGAAUUAGUCACUGCUUUAUCAAUCGCGGGGCGAUUAGACUUUAAUCCAUUAACCGAUGAACUAACUGGAUCGGAUGGUAAAAAAUUCAAACUGAGUGCUCCAUUUGGUGAUGAAUUACCUUCGAAGGGUUUUGACCCCGGAAUGGACACGUUUGAUGCACCACCAAAGAGUGGCGAUUCUGUUAAAGUGGACGUGGAUCCAAAGAGUCAACGCCUGCAACUUUUAGAUCCUUUUGACAAAUGGAAUGGCAAAGACUUGGAAGACAUGACAAUUCUUAUUAAAGUAAAAGGAAAAUGUACAACAGAUCACAUUUCUGCUGCUGGACCUUGGCUGAAAUACAGAGGACAUUUAGACAACAUCUCAAAUAAUAUGUUUAUAGGAGCUGUCAAUUCUGAAAAUAACGAAAUGAAUAAAAUAAAAAAUCAGCGGACCGGGGAAUGGGGAGGUGUGCCCGACGUUGCACGAGAUUACAAGGCAAAUGGAAUUAAAUGGGUAGCAAUCGGGGAUGAAAAUUAUGGAGAAGGUUCAUCACGCGAACAUGCCGCUCUAGAACCCCGACAUCUUGGCGGUAGAGCAAUCAUAGUUAAAUCUUUUGCCCGCAUUCACGAAACAAAUCUUAAAAAGCAGGGUUUGUUACCUUUGACAUUUGCAAAUGCAGCUGAUUACGAUAAGAUUAAACCAGAAAGCAAAAUUUCCUUGCUCGGGCUAAAUGAAAUAGCACCAGGAAAACAAAUUGAUUGCGAAAUUAAAACUGGCGACAAAAUCGAUAAAAUUAAACUGAAUCAUACUCUAAAUGAUUUACAAAUUGGUUGGUUCAAAGCUGGUAGCGCUCUUAAUCGCAUGAAAGAGAUCGCAAAAUAACCAAAUCAAAAAUCAUCAAACUUUUUCUAAUUCUGUUAAUAUAAAGACUAUCCAAUUAUAUAGUAUAAUAAUGGAGAUUUGUUGGUGCCUGUAUAUAUUUUUGAAGUCAAGUUACUACUUUAGUAAAUAAUACAUUGUUGUUUUAAUUUAAGCCUUUUUCUGCUCGCAUAAGUUUAUUAAAUUUGUGUUAUAGAUCUAAAAAUUGGAGCUUGGUUCAAUAAAUAAAAUAAUGCAGGUGAA